GUUUGAACGCGUGGGACCGUUGGUGCGUGAGCCACUCUGGCAGCGCGAGACGCAGCGCGAGUCCCCCGCGAGACGGGGGUGUGGGGACUGUCUGGGGAGAGCGCGCGAGGUGCCAACCGCCCGGCGCUGGGGGAAGGGGGGCGCGAGGCACUCGCGAGCCCCAGAGCGCGCGUCGGCCCCCCACCCGCCGGCCGGGCCUUAUGGAGUCUCCCGGAAUGGCCGCGCGGCCCGGCUGUGUGCUGUAGAAGCGGGCGGGGAAGGAGGGGGCAGGCCGCCGCCGUCCCCUCCUCCUCAGGGAGGGAUUGAGCGAGCGUGCGUAUCCUGAGGCCUCUUUGUGGGCAGGGGUCCCUGCCUCUCUUUGCCGCGGUGGGGGCUGCCCCCGGAGUGCUUGCACCUCCUCCACCAUUGCCACCACCAAUACAGGGAUAUGCCUUUAAACCUCCUCCUCGACCCGAUUUUGGUACUUCUGGAAGAACAAUCAAACUACAGGCCAACUUCUUUGAAAUGGACAUUCCUAAAAUUGAUAUCUACCAUUAUGAAUUGGAUAUAAAGCCAGAGAAAUGCCCUAGAAGAGUUAACCGAGAAAUAGUUGAGCAUAUGGUCCAGCACUUUAAAACACAGAUCUUUGGGGAUCGUAAACCAGUAUUUGAUGGAAGAAAAAACCUAUAUACAGCUAUGCCACUUCCUAUUGGGAGGGAUAAACAGGUGGAGUUGGAGGUCACGCUUCCAGGAGAAGGGAAGGACAGAAUAUUUAAGGUGGCUAUAAAAUGGAUGUCCUGUGUGAGUCUGCAGGCUUUACAUGAUGCUCUUUCUGGUCGGCUGCCAAGUGUUCCUUUUGAAACUAUCCAGGCACUGGAUGUAGUGAUGAGGCAUUUGCCUUCCAUGAGGUAUACUCCUGUUGGCCGGUCUUUUUUUACUGCAUCUGAAGGAUGCUCAAACCCUCUGGGUGGUGGCCGAGAAGUUUGGUUUGGGUUCCAUCAAUCAGUCAGACCUUCACUCUGGAAAAUGAUGCUUAAUAUUGAUGUGUCUGCAACAGCAUUUUAUAAGGCACAGCCAGUAAUAGAGUUUGUUUGUGAAGUUUUGGAUUUCAAGAGUAUUGAAGAGCAACAGAAACCUCUCACAGAUUCCCAAAGGGUAAAGUUUACCAAAGAAAUAAAAGGUCUAAAGGUGGAGAUAACACACUGUGGGCAAAUGAAGAGAAAAUACCGAGUGUGCAAUGUCACCAGACGGCCAGCAAGUCACCAAACAUUCCCACUUCAGCAGGAGAGUGGACAAACAGUUGAAUGCACUGUAGCUCAAUAUUUUAAGGACAGGCACAAGUUGGUUCUACGCUAUCCUCAUCUUCCAUGUUUACAAGUUGGACAGGAGCAGAAACAUACAUACCUUCCUCUUGAGGUGUGCAACAUAGUGGCAGGACAGAGGUGUAUAAAGAAGCUGACUGACAAUCAAACUUCCACUAUGAUACGGGCAACUGCCAGAUCAGCACCUGACCGUCAAGAAGAGAUUAGCAAAUUGAUGCGAAGUGCAAGUUUUAAUACUGAUCCUUAUGUUCGUGAAUUUGGAAUAAUGGUCAAAGAUGAAAUGACUGAUGUGACUGGGAGAGUCCUACAACCUCCCUCAAUCCUGUAUGGAGGCAGAAAUAAAGCAAUUGCUACACCAGUUCAAGGGGUUUGGGAUAUGAGGAAUAAACAGUUUCACACUGGAAUUGAAAUUAAGGUCUGGGCAAUUGCCUGCUUUGCUCCCCAGCGACAGUGCACUGAAGUUCAUCUUAAGUCCUUCACAGAACAACUGAGGAAGAUAUCAAGAGAUGCAGGAAUGCCAAUCCAGGGGCAGCCAUGUUUCUGUAAAUAUGCCCAGGGUGCAGAUAGUGUGGAACCUAUGUUCAGACAUCUAAAGAACACCUAUGCUGGGCUACAGCUUGUGGUAGUCAUUCUGCCAGGGAAGACUCCAGUUUAUGCGGAAGUAAAGCGUGUUGGUGACACUGUGCUGGGGAUGGCUACACAGUGUGUUCAGAUGAAAAAUGUGCAAAGAACAACACCACAAACUCUGUCCAAUCUUUGUUUAAAGAUCAAUGUCAAAUUAGGAGGAGUAAAUAACAUUUUACUGCCACAAGGAAGGCCUCCGGUAUUUCAGCAGCCUGUCAUAUUCCUGGGUGCAGAUGUAACUCAUCCACCAGCUGGAGAUGGAAAAAAGCCUUCCAUUGCUGCAGUUGUAGGUAGCAUGGAUGCUCACCCUAAUCGAUACUGUGCCACUGUGCGUGUCCAGCAGCAUCGUCAAGAAAUCAUCCAAGACUUGGCUGCCAUGGUCAGGGAGCUGCUUAUUCAGUUCUACAAAUCAACCAGAUUUAAACCAACUCGCAUUAUUUUCUACCGAGAUGGUGUUUCUGAGGGGCAAUUUCAACAGGUUCUCCACCACGAAUUGCUGGCUAUCAGAGAAGCAUGCAUUAAACUAGAAAAGGACUACCAGCCUGGAAUUACAUUUAUUGUUGUGCAGAAAAGGCAUCACACCAGGCUCUUCUGUACAGACAAAAACGAACGGGUUGGAAAAAGUGGAAACAUUCCAGCAGGUACUACAGUGGACACAAAAAUCACCCAUCCAUCAGAGUUUGACUUUUACCUUUGUAGUCAUGCUGGUAUUCAGGGAACAAGCAGACCUUCUCAUUACCAUGUCCUCUGGGAUGACAAUCGUUUCUCUUCAGAUGAACUGCAAAUUCUUACCUACCAGCUGUGUCAUACAUAUGUACGCUGUACUCGUUCCGUCUCAAUCCCCGCACCAGCAUACUAUGCACACCUGGUUGCCUUCAGAGCCAGGUAUCAUCUGGUGGAUAAAGAACAUGAUAGUGCUGAAGGAAGCCACACUUCUGGUCAAAGUAAUGGCAGAGAUCAUCAAGCACUUGCUAAAGCAGUUCAAGUUCAUCAGGACACGUUACGUACCAUGUACUUUGCUUGACAUGUUUUAAUGUUUAGCGAUUCAGUAGAGUUGGAUUCACGUGAGACCAGCUGCACUUAGACCAACAGUUGCCCAAGCUACAGUGACAGCCAGCAAUGAGUGAUGCAUCUUUAUUUUAUUAGUUUUUUUCCAUUUGCAAGAAAGCCUUCCGUCCGGAAUUUCAGACUUGAUUAUGAACUGCAGACCCGUACAAAACCCCACAGUUGUUGGAAAUGUGGUUUGCCAAAAUCUCUAAGCUGCUUGUCAGAAAACAGACCCAUAUUUUGUAGUUAAAUCAAAAGCUAUGAUCUCAGGGCUAAAAACAAAACAAAACUUUUUCAUGUAGUUUGCUAUUCAAUUUAUUUGUGUGUUAAUAAUUUGGAAAUACCUUAUUCACGUCAAAUUUGACGGGCUCAGAUGCUGUGAGCUUGCUUUUAAAACAAAGAAAGAAAAGGAAAAGCACUACUUGGGUAUUUAUGAAGCCUUGAUCAUUCUGGAUGCAUUUACAAAAGUUUUAUUUUCAAAGUGCAAAAAGAUAAUAAUUCUGGUCCUCCACUGUCUUACAGGAUCAUUCUGUAUGUCUAAGAACAAAUGUAUUUCUGAAAUUUGUUCUUGAAUGUCUUUUAUUGUGCUGCAUUUAAAGAUGUUUUUCAUAGACGUAUGAAAUAAUUUCAGAAAAAAAUGAACUUGUAUCUGAACCUUUAAUAGGUCCAGUGAGAUUGGCAAAAAAAAAAAAAAAAAAAAAAGUGCCAUUUAAAUUUUUUUAAACUUUUUUUUUUUUAAAUCAUACUGACAGCUAAUCACAGAAUUUGUCCUAUAGGACUGUGACACUUACUUUCCAAAGUUUCUAAAGAAUACGGGUCUGUGGUGAUAAAUACAGUACAAUCCUUCACUGUUAUGUUUGAAUUUUUGUAAAUUUUAUAUGUUUCACAGUAUUAAUGUGAUAGACUAGAUGCUAUUAUUUAUUUUAUUUACUAAGGCGUGCUCAUCAUAUUUCUGUUAACAUAUCAAGAAAGCUUUGGAUUUUAGACAUUAAAACCUUAUCAUGGAAACAUUAUUAUUCAAAUGCAGGAAUAUGCAAUUGACUUGGAUAUGACAGAGGUCAGAGAUACAUACAGUGUAUAUUGUAUAGCUUGUAAUUUCUGGAAAGACUUUUUCAGCAUGCACACAACAUGCCAGGUUUCACCUGUGCAUUCAGAGACACAUACACCGUGAGACCAACAUUCUCCAUCCAUUCAAGCACAAAACAAUUCUUCUUUAUUUAUUUGUUGAUUAUUGGUGAAGCAGCAGUUCAAAUUGAGGAGAAUGGUUCACUCUAUAUAGUUUAGCUAGCCAAAUUUAAUAUAAUCUAUGCAGUAAAAAUAACUCUUAGGAAACUGUUGAAGUUUACUUGUGGAAGAAAGUGAAACUCUUUGUUAUACAUAAGAUCAAUAGUAUGAGUAAGAUUUUUGCCAUUCUCUUAGGAGAAGUAUUAAUUAAACUGAUAAUUAUUAGACAUAUAUGCUUCUGUUAGUUUGCACACUGGGUUCAUAUACAUCAUAAUACAUGUAUAAACCAUUGCACUAAUUGUGACACCAUAAACAAUUUUAGAAGAGGAUGUGGGGGAAAAAAACCCGAAAGUUGUUUAUGCUGACUUGAUUUUGUUUAAUGUUCUCAUAUGCUAAGUCAAGUACAUAUUAAGCAUGUAGAUUUUUUUAAGUUGCAUUCUCUUGCUCUGUUUCAUUCAGC